GUUUUCUUCGACUCUACCGGCGAGUGUGGCGAUAGGAGCGUCGUUGGAUUUAUUUCGGUGUGGUGUGGCCGUACCAUGGCUCUUCAUCUUACGCUUUUCUGUGCCAAAGCAUUUUUUUCUUGCUGGCAGUCUUCUGUGAACAGCCCAAUCAGCAUGGACUCUUCACUGACCGCUGCUCAGAUCCGGCAGAAGUUCAUCAACUUCUUCCGCCGUCACGAGCACGAGUAUGUGCACUCCUCUUCCACCAUUCCCCUCGACGACCCCACCCUCCUCUUCGCCAAUGCUGGGAUGAACCAGUUCAAGCCCAUCUUCCUGAACACCAUCGACCCGUCCCACCCCAUGGCCAGACUGAAGCGCGCCGCCAACACGCAGAAGUGUAUCCGCGCAGGUGGCAAGCACAACGACCUGGACGACGUGGGGAAAGACGUCUACCAUCACACCUUCUUCGAGAUGCUGGGCUCCUGGUCCUUUGGAGAUUAUUUUAAGCAAUUGGCCUGUACGAUGGCUCUGGACCUGCUGACCCAGGAGUUUGGCAUCCCUCUUGAGCGCUUAUAUUUCACCUACUUUGGCGGCCAUGCUGAUGCAGGCCUGGAGCCUGACCUGGAGUGCAAGCAGAUCUGGCUGGACUUGGGGGUGGAUGAGAGUCGAAUCCUCCCGGGUAACAUGAAGGAUAAUUUCUGGGAGAUGGGCGACACGGGGCCGUGCGGACCCUGCAGCGAGAUCCACUACGACCGCAUCGGGGGUCGCGACGCCUCCCACCUUGUCAACAUGGACGACCCCAACGUGCUGGAGAUCUGGAACCUGGUCUUCAUCCAGUUUAACAGGGAGUCCGAGACAGAGCUGAAGCCCCUUCCCAAGAAGAGCAUCGACACUGGGAUGGGCUUGGAGCGGCUCGUCUCCAUCCUGCAGAACAAGAUGUCCAACUACGACACGGACCUCUUUGUCCCUUACUUUGACGCCAUUCAAAAGGGCACAGGUGCCAGGCCCUACUCCGGGCUGGUCGGAUCAGAAGAUGCAGAUGGCAUCGACAUGGCAUACCGAGUCCUGGCUGACCACGCCCGCACCAUCACCAUCGCCCUGUCUGAUGGCGGUAGACCUGACAACACAGGGAGGGGUUACGUGUUGAGGAGGAUCUUGCGCCGAGCUGUCCGGUAUGCCCACGAGAAGCUUGGUGCUCAGAAGGGCUUCUUUGCUUCUCUGGUGGAUGUAGUGGUGGCGUCACUGGGUGACGCGUUCCCAGAGCUGAAGAAGGAUCCUGACAUGGUAAAGGAUAUUAUUAAUGAUGAGGAGACACAGUUCCUCAAGACCCUCAGCAGGGGGCGACGCAUUCUGGACCGCAAGAUCCAGAGCCUGGGAGACAGCAAGACCAUUCCAGGAGACACUGCCUGGCUGUUGUAUGACACCUACGGCUUCCCCCUGGACCUGACUGCCCUCAUCGCUGAGGAGAGGGGUAUGGGAGUGGACCUGGGGGCGUUUGAGGAGGAGAAGAAAGCCGCGCAGCUGAAGUCCCAGGGGAAAGGCUCCGGAGACGAGGACCACAUCAUGCUGGACAUCUACGCCAUCGAGGAGCUGAGGAACAAGGGAGUCCCAGCCACGGACGACAGCCCCAAGUACCGCUAUGCCGCGGAUGACGACGGCAGCUACGUGUUCGAGCAGGCUGUCGGCACGGUGCUGGCCCUCAGGCGUGAGCGUGCGUUCGUGGAGGAGGUGACGAUGGGGCAGGAGUGUGGCGUGCUGCUCGAUCAGACUUCCUUCUACGCAGAGCAGGGAGGCCAGACCUUCGACGAGGGCUACAUGCUCCGGGAGGACGACUCGGCAGACGACAGGAUGGAGUUCACGGUGAAGAACACGCAGGUGCGUGGAGGCUACGUGCUGCAUAUUGGAACUGUCUACGGCACCCUGAAGGUUGGCAAUCGACUCACGUUACACGUGGAUGAGGCGCGCCGGAGGCCCAUUAUGAGUAACCACACGUCCACCCACAUCCUGAACUUUGCCCUGCGAAGCGUCCUGGGGGAGGCAGAUCAGCGCGGCUCCCUGGUCGCUCCAGACCGCCUGCGUUUCGACUUCACUGCGAAAGGGGCCAUGAGCACCCAGGAGGUGCAUCGCACUGAGGAGAUCGUCUGCGGCCUGAUCGCCGACGCCAAGCCGGUGUACGCGCUGGAUGCCCCCCUAGCUGCUGCCAAGGCUAUCCAGGGACUGCGUGCCGUGUUUGAUGAGACGUACCCUGACCCUGUGAGGGUGGUGUCUAUCGGCGUCCCCGUGGAGGAGCUGCUGUCCGACCCCAACAGUCCGGCGGGGUCCCUCACCUCCAUCGAGUUCUGCGGCGGGACGCACCUGAGAAACUCUGCUCACGCCGGGCCAUUUGUGAUCGUGUCGGAGGAGGCCAUCGCUAAAGGAAUCAGGCGUAUCGUGGCCGUGACUGGAGCAGAGGCUCAGAAGGCCCACCGGAAGGCAGAUCUCCUGCACCAAGCCUUGUCUGACGUGGGUGAGAAGGUGAAGGCCCAAACUGCCCCCAACAAAGACCUCCAGAAGGAGAUAGCUGACCUGACCGAGACCCUGGGCACUGCGGUUGUCUCUCAGUGGCAGAAGGAUGAAAUGAGGGAGACUCUGAAAGGCCUGAAGAAGAUCAUGGAUGACCUGGACCGCUCGAGCAAAGCUGAUGUUCAGAAGAGGGUGCUGGAUAAGACAAAAGAGCUCAUUGACAGCAACCCCAACCAGCCUCUUAUCGUCAUGGAGAUGGAGAGUGGAGCUACCGCUAAGGCCUUGAAUGAGGCCCUGAAGCUGUUGAAGACUCAUUCCCCUCAGAGUGCUGCCAUGCUGUUCACUGUGGACAGCGACGCUGGAAAGAUCAUCUGCCUGUGUCAGGUACCCCAGGAGGUUGCAAACCGGGGUCUGAAGGCCAGCGAGUGGGUCCAGGAAGUGUGCCCCCUGCUGGACGGGAAAGGAGGCGGUAAGGACAUGUCUGCUCAGGCCACGGGCAGGAACACGCACUGCAUACAGGACGCGCUGCAGGUUGCCAACCAUUUCGCCCGCCUCAAACUAGGGGAGAACUAGGCGAGAGAGAGCGUCCACGUGCCUCUCGUCCUGCCGGAGCAAUGCAGCGCCACCUGCCGAAACAUGAAACCAGGCCAGUCCAGACGCCAAGUUGUACAGACGUCUCAUUUGUCAUCGAUUAGGAAUGCAAGUCAUUUGGCUCCCUCUGUCUGUGUGCGAGGGAAGCACGGCUGAGGGAAUUGUUGCCUAGUUUCAUCCAUAGCGUAGUCCAGUCAGACUUCUUCAGAUUCAGAAUUGAUGCCAAAUGUGUUUUUCCUAAAUCUUUCUGAUCAUUGAUCAAUAAUGUACUGAAUUACAGCUGUACAGCACUACCAUCUGUCUGAUGACCUGCAAUCCAUCACUCAUAUCUUCUAUAAAUAUAAUUUGUCUGCUCCUGUGCCCUUACACAGUCCUUUUUAAUUACAGUGAGGUUGUGUGAUACUGCAAAGCCGCUCUGAUGGUAGAGUUGAGGUUAACACGGCAGUUACUGCUUCAGCGUUGACCUACCACUUACUGUAUUGCACGCCCUCUAGGGAAGGAAGUGGGGUCUAGCUAGUCCUCUGGAACCCUUAUUUUCCUACAUUUAAAUGAGUAAUGAUACAUGAUAAAUUAAACUUGUUGAGCCACUAACUCCUGCUUGUACUGUGUGAUAAUGCUUGUUUACUCAUUAUGACUGGGGACAGGUCUUGCUGUUGCAGAUGAGUAAAGUUUACAUACUGAAAUAAAAAAUUUUUAAAAAGCAA